AAUCAUACCAGCCGUAACGAUGAAUGCUAAUAAAAAACAAUAAUAAUAAUAUACCCUUGUUUAGCGUCUCGUCAUUUGGUAAAAAAGAAAAUUUUCACAAAAAAAUUAACAUUUAUAAUAAUUUUAUCUGUUUCUAUAAAAAAUAUACAAUUUAAUUUUAUUUUCUCCACUUUAGAUUAAAACAUAUCACAAUUGUUUACAAUCUGCAUCGUUAGCCGAAACAUUUGGAAUUACAAAAGACCCAACUUCCAAUUAUAUGAUCGUUAUGAAAUAUUAUGGAAGCGGCAAUUUAUACCAAUACCUUGAUCGUCACAAUAGAAUUCUUUCUUGGAAAGAUAUAAUAGAUAUGUUACGGGGCAUCGCUGAAGGUCUUGAAAAGAUUCAUGUUGAAGGAAAAAUUCAUAGAAAUCUUCAUGGAGGAAAUUUACUUAUUGAGAAUGAAAAAAAUAUUACUGAUGCUCGUAUUGGUGACGUAGGUCUUUAUGGACCAUGUGAAUAUAAUAAUUCAGGACAGAUAUAUGGAGUUUUACCAUAUAUUGCGCCGGAAAUUUUACGUGGUGGAAAUUACAAUACCGCUUCUGACAUAUAUUCAUUUGGUAUUAUUAUGAAUAUUCUUGCAACUGGGAAAAGACCUUGGCAUAGUGAAGCACAUGAUAUUAGUUUAGCAAAAAAUAUUUGUGACGGCAAGAGACUUGAAAUUCCGGAUGAUACACCAAAAUUUUAUGCAGAGUUAAUGCAACAAUGUUGGGAUAAUGAACCAAAAAAACGACCAACUGCAUCUAAUUUAUAUAAAAAAUUG